AUGCGCGGGGCGCCCCGGGGUCCGGACCGUACGCGCGCGCUUAGCCCCGCGGCCUCGCGCCCGGGCGGCGUGGAGUCCCGCGGGGAGGAAGCAGCCCGUGGGAUCACCCCGCUCAAAGGGAGGUGCAAUAAGUUGUUGGAGGCCCUUUGGCGCCGGGACUGGCCGCGACUCGCUGCGCCGAGCGGACCCCGGGAACGCUCCGCCCGGCGCAGCCCUCGAUCCCCGGCCCGGGCUGGAGCCGGGCGGUGGAGGACAGACAGACAGCCGGCCGGAAGCCAAGCUAGGCUCGCAGAGGCCAGCCCCCCUGCUCGGAAGCGGGGCCGGCCGACCCCGCCGCCCGGGAGACGCGUCUCGGGGUUCGCCUUACUUGUGUCAACUUUACGGGGAGGGGAGAAGCUGCGAAGGCGCGCCUGGAAACGACAGCCGCGACCACAAACAGCCCGGGCGCGGGGCCGGCGGACGGCGGUCGGGGCCGGUUUUUACCGCAACAGCGCCACCUCUCGGCGAAGGGUUUUCUUAGAACACAGUACACACCAUUACAGGAAACACUUGUAUUGCACAGGAGCUGUGACAAGCCGGGAUGUAUGCUGGGAAAGUGGGCCAGAUUUUGCCCAUCCUCUGGCCCCUGGUUGGCUUGCUUUGGCACAAAGGGGACUUUUAGGGCUAGAAUUUAAAAACAAAAAUGAAGCCUGGUACACGAAGACUUUCUGCAGGCUGAGCCUUUCAUCCACGGUGACAAGGAAACAGCUCAGAGAUGGCGCUGUCUCCGUGUGCAUACCCUUCUUCCUGCCCCCCAGCCAUGCUGUAGUGUGGCUGGACUUUUUCCUCAUGCAUUGUUUCUGCCUCAAAAACAACAAAUAUACCCCAGCAACACCCUCAGGAUCACCUCCAUCCUCACAGGGUGUCCCUGAUCCCAUGAAGAACAGAAAACUGGGUUCAUACCUCUACCCUCCCCAAAUAAAAAUCAAAGUCAACUUGACAACAGGCCUUCUCAUAGCAUUUUUUUUCACUUAG